UCUCACAAUGGGUUUUACAUCUGGCGGUGGAAAAGAGAAAAAACAGAAAGUAGCGAGAAGACAUAUAUAAAGAGCGUGGAAAGAAACAACAAGAUGCAAGGGAAGGCGAUUGCACUUUUAUCGUUGACAGUCCUGUUAAUAUCAGGAAAUGGAAAACGUUCACAAAGAAAAGUUAAAAAGAGAAAGCAGAUGAUGCAACAGAAUCCCAGGAUACGGGUAAACACGAAAACUAUACUGACUGGAUACUCAGUGGCUUAUGAACUAUGUCAAGAUCGUUUUUUAAUGGACAGAUGGAAUUGUCCGAUACCUGCACGAAUGAAAGAUACAGAAUCUCCAAUAUCUCUGACGCCGCUAUAUCCAACAGCAAGUAAAGAAACAUCUUUUGUGUAUGCGAUGAUUGCAGCUAGCUUAGCUCAUCACGUUAUGAGGUCGUGUCAAAUGGGACGUGGUAAAGACUGUCCUUGUUCUGUAAACAAUGGGAAGAAAGCCUCUUCGUGUAAGGAUUUAAAGUAUGGCUUCAAACAAGCAAAGAACGUUAUGAGACAGUUAGAUUACAAAUAUAUAAACGAUAAAAGCAGAAGGGAGUUUAACUGGAAAAAUGUAAUGACUGGUUUUAAGGUUUUGAAAGAUGGUUUACCAAGAGUCUGUCGAUGCUACGGCUUAUCUGGCGAUUGCUCCACAAAAAGAUGUUUCAAAACAACUCCGGUUUCACUAAAAGAGAUUUCUUUAAAACUAAAAAAACUGUACGACUCAGCAGAAAAAUUAAAACCAGAAAGAAACAACGCAACAUCGUCGACAAAUCCGAGCGCAGACCCGGUGACGAGAUCGGUCGUUAAAACGUCGAAAAAUAGGACAAAUUUGGUAUACAUAGACGAGUCACCCGACUACUGUAAGCCGAACAAGCUGUUGGGUAUUGCAGGGACUCUUAACCGAGAAUGUGUCCACGAGAAUGUAGCAACUUGUGAUAAACUCUGCGCAAGUUGUGGGUACAGGAAACAUUCUUAUGUGAGAGAAAUUAAAAAUGGAAAAUGCAACUGCAAAUUUCAUUGGUGCUGUAAAGUCACGUGUGAGACUUGUACACAACGAAAAAUAUAUGCGAAAUGCGCGCUUCAAACAUGACACGACAAAUUCUACAAAUGUUUUUUUAAAACUAAAUUAUUAUAGUUGUAUUACUUUGACGACUUUUGCCAGAGUCAUAUUUAAAUGCUAAAGUAGUGCUUUCAUUAAUUCCAUUUUUAUGCUUGACACAGGGGACUAAAUCUCACACUUAAACUAACCCUCGACAAGACAUAAAUUCAUCUGCGAAAGUAUUUAGUUCCCAUGUUCCGUAUGAAUAAGUUAUGCACUCUUGUAUAGAUAUUUUUCGAACAAGUUGCUUUUUAUGACGGAUUUAUAAAUUGUAGUAAAUUAUUUGGAAGUAUAAUUUAAGUUAUAAAUAAAUAUAUAAU